AUUCAUCUGGCAAAGGAAAAAAGGGUGUUCUGCAAAUGGGCAUGAAAAUUUUCCGGCCGUAAAAAUUUUUCCUCACCUCCGCCCAUUUGACAGCUGACCUGAAGAGCUGUCAGAGCGCGUUUUUGGCACAAUUUACAUUGACAACACACUUCUUCGUGUUGUGAGAUUGUUCCCGAGAGGUUGCGUACGGCUUCUACGGUAUUACAUAUACCUCUGCAAGGGCAAACCCAUCUGAACAGCAUGGCGACACAAAUUACCAUCGAUCAGCUAAACAAGGAUCAAAUCAAGUCGUUUUCCGACUUCCUGCUCUCCUACAACAAACUGUCCGAGCUGUGCUUUAUCGAUUGCGUGAAUGAGUUUACCGGACGCACCGUCAGCGAUAAGGAGGACAAGUGUGCGCUGAACUGCAUGGAAAAGUUUCUCAAGAUGAACCAGCGCAUCUCGCAACGGUUUCAGGAGUUCCAGAUGUUGGCGAACGAAAAUGCGAUCGCUGCGGCCCAGAAGCUUAGUGGCAAAUAAAGAUUCCAUCACCAUUUGUUAGCUGCACGUCCGGGUGAUGCAUUUAGCUUUAUUAUUUGAUUUGAUAAUAAAUGAGUCCCAGUUGUGAGGAUUAAAUUAGGUUAAAACUA